UUUUCUGUUCAGAUUGAUGGUGGUUUUCAUGGGUCUCUCUCUCUCUCUCUAGCUUAUUUUGUGGGGUGUGGGGGUGUUGGGGGGAGUGUCCAUGUCCAAGUAUAGAAAUUGCUAUGUGUAUAAAACAGGACUUGAAAGGGUGUUGGAAACUCAAAGAAAAGAUUUGAGGCGGACUAAUUCACACAGUUUACUGUUCCAUUGGUGGUGUCAGCACAUCCCAACAUGACUCCAAAUAUAACUUAAGACUUCCCUUCCCUCUCCUUAAGAGCCUCUCUGUCUCUGUCUCUCUCUCUCUCUCUAGUGGAGGAGGCAUACCAUGGAACCCUCGGAAGAAGCAGCCCUUGCCCUUGGAGGUCCCAAAGAGCACACCCAGAUCAUCAUCAAGGGCAAGCGCACGAAGCGGCAGAGGCCGCAGUCGCCGAUCCUUUUUGUGAAUGCCGCCGACUCGCCGAUCAGCUCUGAAGGAGGAGAUGGGGAUUGCGUCGAAGACGGCGAGGGCGACAAGGCCGCCGACCUCUCUCCCUCCACUUCUGCCAAAUUCCACAGCGGCUGCACCGAGGAAGAGGAGGACAUGGCCAAUUGCCUGAUCCUCCUAGCUCAGGGCCAAUCCAAAGAGCCCCCUAGAAGGGUUGUUGUUCAGGAAGACCACGACCAUAGCAAUAAAUUCAACAGCAAGAGGUACUUGGAGGGCUAUUGUGUCUAUGAGUGCAAGACUUGCAACAAGACCUUCCCUUCCUUCCAAGCCCUAGGUGGUCAUCGGGCGAGCCACAAGAAGCUGAAGUUGGCAACAGCCACGGCCGAAGAGAAGCCGCCGCUGUAUAAGCAAUUCGUGUUCUUGCCAUCCUCGCCAGACGAAGGAGGAGGAGGAGAAUUCAAGAAAGUUUCGACUUUCCCUCUUGGGAGCAUCAACAUUCAUGGGAGCAAUGGUAAUUGCAAGAAGCAGGCCAAGAUCCAUGAGUGCUCCAUCUGCGGUGCGGAGUUCACAUCGGGCCAGGCCUUGGGAGGCCACAUGAGGCGACACCGCCUGCCGGUCGCUGUUGGGGCGAAGCCAGAAUCCGACGACGAAUCCAUGCGGCUGAGUGCCAACGGGCUCUUGUCCCUCGAUUUGGAUCUCAACCUCCCGGCCCCGGAAGAAGAGAAGUGCGAUCACUUGUUUCCCUUGAGCUCCAAACAACAGCAUCAUCAUCAGAACCAAUCUCAUCCUCCCAUCUUCGUCUCGGCUGCCUCGGCAAUCGUGGAUUGCCAUUACUGAGCAAGAAAAUCAAUUCAAGGUGAUGGGUCAAGUCAAUCACAGCUCACGAAUUAAAAAACCAUGCGCGCGGGUCCGUGUUAAUUUUUCCAUGGGCUUUAGUGCAUCUAAAGUUUGAUUUAUACCCAGAUUUUCCUGCCAUCAAUUGUGGGGAUGUUACAUGUUAGAUAUUCAGAAAUUUACAGGGGCAUUCAGUUGAUUCUUUGGUUA